AUGGAAGACAAAACCCAAUCAGACGAUUUCUCUACCCACAAAACCCCAACUCUUCCUCAAGUCAUAGAAGAGCUAAAAGAGCUUUGGGCUAUGGUUUUACCAAUCACAGCAAUGAACUGUCUAGUCUAUGUACGAGCCGUCGUCUCCGUCCUCUUCCUUGGCCGUCUCGGUAGCCUUGAGCUCGCCGGAGGAGCUCUCUCAAUCGGAUUCACUAACAUCACUGGCUACUCAGUCCUCGUUGGACUCGCCUCCGGUCUCGAGCCAGUAUGUAGCCAAGCCUACGGUAGCAAAAACUGGGACCUUCUCACGCUCUCUCUUCACCGUAUGGUCGUGAUUCUCUUGAUUGCUUCAGUACCCAUCAGUCUCCUAUGGAUCAACCUCGGACCCAUCAUGCUAUUCAUGGGUCAAGACCCGGAGAUAACCGCUACAGCUGCAGAGUACUGUCUCUACGCACUUCCCGAUCUUUUGACCAAUACUCUGCUUCAGCCGUUACGUGUUUACUUAAGGUCACAACGAGUGACGAAACCGAUGAUGUGGUGCACGUUAGCAGCAGUGGCGUUCCACGUGCCGUUGAAUUAUUGGCUUGUGAUGGUGAAGCAUUGGGGUGUUCCUGGUGUGGCUACUGCUUCGGUCGUGACGAAUCUGAUCAUGGUUGGGCUUUUGGUUGGUUAUGUUUGGUUUAGUGGGAGGAUGGAGAAGAGAGUGAGUGAGUCUAAUGCUGUGGCUCAGUCGAGUGUGGUUGAGUUGGUUGGUGGGUUAGGACCGUUGAUGAGAGUUGCCGUUCCGAGUUGUUUAGGGAUAUGUUUGGAGUGGUGGUGGUAUGAGAUUGUGACUGUGAUGGGUGGUUACUUGGAAAAUCCGAAACUUGCGGUUGCUGCGACUGGGAUUUUGAUUCAGACAACGAGUCUUAUGUAUACUGUCCCUAUGGCUUUAGCUGGAUGCGUCUCUGCGCGGGUUGGGAACGAGCUUGGUGCGGGUAGACCGUACAAGGCGAGGUUAGCCGCGAACGUGGCUCUAGCUUGCGCAUUUGUUAUAGGAGCAUUGAAUGUGGCUUGGACCGUGGUGCUAAAAGAGCGUUGGGCUGGACUAUUCACUAACUACGAGCCACUCAAGGUGUUGGUUGCUUCGGUCAUGCCGAUUGUCGGGCUAUGCGAGCUAGGGAACUGUCCACAAACCACGGGUUGCGGGGUUUUAAGAGGGACAGGUCGGCCUGCGGUUGGAGCACAUGUGAAUCUUGGUUCGUUUUAUUUUGUUGGGACGCCUGUUGCGGUUGGACUAGCGUUUUGGUUGAAAAUCGGGUUUAGUGGGUUGUGGUUUGGGUUGCUAUCGGCUCAAGCGGCUUGCGUUGUUUCAAUAUUGUAUGCGGUUUUAGCGAAGACGGAUUGGGAAGGAGAAGCGGUGAGGGCUAUGAGAUUGACUAGUUUGGAGAUGGGGAAAGUUGGGAAAGAGGAAGAGUCGUCUUUGUUGAUGGUGGAUGAUCGUAAUGGGAGUGAUGAGAAGUUGGAUGGUGUUUUGUGA